AUGAAGACGAUCCUCCUCGCUUCAGCACUUUUUGGUGUUCUCUUAGCGUUCCCAUUUGGUAACAACAACUACCCAAAUCAGGGAACUGGACCAAACGGCGUCUCUGGGCAAAGCAGCGUUCAAAUUGGAGCACAAGGUGGACCAGGCGGCUUCGGUGGACCCAAUGGAUCAAGCGGACAGAACGUGCCAAAUGGUCCAAAUGGGCAAAACGGACAAAACGGACAGACUGGACCAAAUGGACAAAACGGAGGACAAGGUGGGCCAGGCGGUUUCGGUGGGCAAAACGGGCCAAAUGGACAGAAUGGACCAAAUGGAGGACAAGGAGGAUUCGGUGGACCAAACGGACAGAACCAACCCCAGCCCAAUGGAAACGGACAAAACGGAGGAUUCCAAGGAGGAUUCCAAGGUGGUCGAGGCGGUUUCGGUGGACAAAAUGGUGGACAAAAUGGAGGAUUCCAAGGAGGUAUGAAUGGCCAGGGACAAGGUGGCUUCGGCGGACCAAACGGACAGGGACAAAUGGGCGGACAAGGUGGAUUCGGCGGGUCGAAUGGACAAAAUCAACAAAAUCAACAAAACGGCGGAGGAUUCCAAGGCGGAAACCAAGGACGUGGAGGCUUUGGACAGCAAAACGGUCAAAAUGGAGGAUUCCAAGGAAUGAACGGCCAAGGUGGAUUCGGUGGAUUCGGACAACAAGGUCAACAAGGACAAGGAGGACGAGGAGGACAAAAUGGAGGAUUCGGACAAGGACAAGGAGGAUUCCAAUUCGGUCAAAACGGACAAAACGGAUUCCAAGGUGGAUUCCAAGGCUUUGGCGGACAACAACAAGGACAAAAUGGACAAAAUGGACCAAAUGGACAAGGUGGAUUCCAAGGAGGAUUCCAAGGAUUCGGUGGAACAAGUGGGCAAAGCGGUUUUCCAGGUGGCCAAAGCGGAUUCGGUAACAACGGACUAAGCGGACAACAAAAUUUCGGCGGAAACCAAGGAGGAUUUGGUGGACGAGGCUCUCAAGGCUUCAACAGUUUCCCAUUCUUCGGCCGACAA